UCGGCCGGGCCGUCCCGCUCGUGAGCCCCCCGAGCCGAGGCCGGGCGCCGCCGCCCGAUGGGCUGGGCGGUGGAGCGUCUCCGCAGUCGCAGGUGCAGCCGCCGUCCCCACAGCCCGGCCAGCCUGAGCAGCGGCGGCGGUGGUGGUGGUGGCGGUGGCCGUGGCUUCCGCAGCGUUCGCCGCAGCAACAGCAGCCGCCGCGUAACCCGAGGCCCUUUGCUCUUUGCAGAAUGGCCCGCUUUGGAGACGAGAUGCCGGGCCGCUACGGCGCAGGCGGAGGAGGCUCGGGGCCGGCCGCCGGGGUGGUCGUGGGCGCCGCGGGCGGCCGAGGAGCCGGGGGCAGCCGGCAGGGCGGGCAGCCCGGAGCGCAGAGGAUGUACAAGCAGUCGAUGGCGCAGAGAGCGCGGACCAUGGCCCUCUACAACCCCAUCCCCGUCCGCCAGAACUGCCUCACGGUCAACCGCUCCCUGUUCCUCUUCAGUGAAGACAACGUGGUGAGAAAAUACGCCAAAAAGAUCACGGAAUGGCCUCCCUUCGAGUACAUGAUCCUGGCCACCAUCAUUGCUAACUGUAUCGUCCUGGCCCUGGAGCAGCACCUCCCUGAUGACGACAAGACACCCAUGUCUGAGCGGCUGGAUGACACGGAACCAUACUUCAUUGGAAUCUUUUGUUUUGAGGCUGGAAUUAAGAUCGUGGCUCUUGGCUUUGCCUUCCACAAAGGCUCCUACCUGAGGAAUGGCUGGAACGUCAUGGACUUUGUCGUGGUGCUAACAGGCAUCUUGGCCACCGUCGGGACGGAGUUUGACCUACGGACACUGAGGGCGGUUCGUGUGCUGCGGCCACUCAAGCUGGUGUCUGGAAUCCCAAGUUUACAAGUCGUCCUGAAGUCAAUCAUGAAGGCGAUGAUCCCUCUGCUGCAGAUUGGCCUCCUCCUGUUUUUUGCAAUCCUUAUUUUUGCAAUCAUAGGGUUAGAAUUUUAUAUGGGAAAAUUUCAUACCACCUGCUUUGAUGAGGGGACAGACGACAUCCAGGGUGAGUCGCCAGCUCCGUGUGGGACAGAGGAACCCGCCCGCACCUGCCCCAACGGGACCAAAUGUCAGCCGUACUGGGAAGGGCCCAACAACGGCAUCACUCAGUUCGACAACAUCCUGUUUGCUGUGCUCACUGUUUUCCAGUGCAUCACCAUGGAAGGCUGGACUGAUCUCCUCUACAAUAGCAACGAUGCCUCAGGGAACACUUGGAACUGGUUGUACUUCAUUCCCCUCAUCAUCAUCGGCUCCUUUUUUAUGCUGAACCUUGUGCUGGGUGUGCUGUCUGGGGAGUUUGCCAAAGAAAGGGAACGUGUGGAGAACCGGAGGGCUUUUCUGAAGCUCAGAAGACAGCAGCAGAUCGAACGCGAGCUCAAUGGGUACAUGGAGUGGAUCUCAAAAGCAGAAGAGGUGAUCCUCGCGGAGGACGAGACAGACGUGGAACAGAGGCACCCUUUUGAUGCUCUGCGGAGAGCUACUCUGAAGAAAAGCAAGACGGACCUGCUCAACCCUGAGGAGGCCGAGGACCAGCUGGCUGACAUCGCGUCUGUGGGGUCACCUUUCGCCAGAGCCAGCAUUAAAAGUGCCAAGCUGGAGAACUCGACCUUUUUUCACAAAAAGGAGAGAAGGAUGCGUUUCUACAUCCGCCGCAUGGUCAAAACUCAGGCCUUCUACUGGACCGUGCUCAGUCUGGUAGCCCUCAACACGCUGUGCGUCGCCAUCGUCCACUACAACCAGCCUGAGUGGCUCUCCGACUUCCUCUACUAUGCAGAAUUCAUUUUCUUAGGACUCUUUAUGUCCGAAAUGUUUAUAAAAAUGUAUGGGCUUGGGACGCGGCCUUACUUCCACUCUUCCUUCAACUGCUUUGACUGUGGGGUCAUCAUUGGGAGCAUCUUUGAAGUCAUAUGGGCUGUCAUAAAACCUGGCACAUCCUUCGGAAUCAGCGUGUUACGAGCUCUCAGGUUACUGCGUAUUUUCAAAGUCACAAAGUACUGGGCAUCUCUCCGAAACUUGGUUGUCUCCCUUCUCAACUCCAUGAAGUCCAUCAUAAGUCUGUUGUUCCUCCUCUUCCUAUUUAUCGUUGUCUUUGCCCUCUUGGGGAUGCAGCUGUUUGGUGGCCAGUUUAAUUUUGAUGAGGGGACUCCUCCCACCAACUUCGACACUUUUCCAGCAGCAAUAAUGACUGUGUUUCAGAUCCUGACUGGCGAGGAUUGGAACGAGGUCAUGUACGAUGGGAUCAAGUCUCAGGGGGGCGUGCAGGGAGGCAUGGUGUUCUCCAUCUACUUCAUCGUCCUCACCCUCUUCGGGAACUACACCCUGCUGAAUGUGUUCUUGGCUAUCGCAGUGGACAACCUGGCCAAUGCCCAGGAGCUCACCAAGGAUGAACAAGAAGAGGAAGAGGCAGCCAACCAGAAACUGGCACUACAGAAAGCCAAGGAGGUAGCAGAAGUGAGUCCUCUGUCUGCGGCCAACAUGUCCAUAGCCGUGAAGGAGCAGCAGAAGAACCAGAAGCCCGCCAAGUCAGUGUGGGAGCAGCGCACCAGCGAGAUGCGCAAGCAGAACCUGCUGGCCAGCCGCGAGGCGCUGUACGGGGAAGCGGCUGAGCGCUGGCCCACUCCCUAUGCACGCCCGCUGCGGUCCGACGUCAAGACGCACCUGGACCGGCCGCUCGUGGUGGACCCGCAGGAGAACCGCAACAACAACACCAACAAGAGCCGCGCGCCCGACCCGCUGCGCCCGACCGCGCGACCCCGCGAGAGCGCGCGCGACCCCGACGCGCGGCGCGCCUGGCCCGGCAGCCCCGAGCGCGCACCCGGCCGGGAGGGCCCGCCGGCCCGCGCUGCGGACGGCGACGGCGAGGAUGGAGAACGCAAGCGGCGACACCGACACGGGCCGCCCGCCCACGACGACAGGGAGCGCCGGCAUCGGCGCAGGAAAGAGAAUCAGGGCUCUGGGGUCCCCAUGUCUGGUCCCAACCUGUCCACCACCAGGCCAAUCCAGCAGGACCUUGGCCGCCAGGACCUGCCACUGGCUGAGGACCUUGACAACAUGAAGAAUAACAAGUUGGCCACCGGGGAGCCUGCCAGUCCCCACGACAGCCUGGGCCACAGCGGCCUUCCCCCAAGCCCUGCCGAGAUUGGGAACAGCACCAACCCUGGCCCCACCUUGGCCACCAACCCCCAGAACGCUGCCAGCCGCAGGGCGCCCAACAACCCCGGCCCCCCCAAGACCCCCGAGAACAGCCUUAUCGUCACCAACCCCAGCAGCACCCAGCCCAACUCAGCGAAGACUGCCAGGAAACCCGAGCACAUGGCGGUGGAGAUCCCCCCGGCCUGCCCGCCCCUCAACCACACUGUGGUCCAAGUAAACAAAAAUGCCAACCCAGACCCACUGCCAAAGAAAGAGGAAGAGAAGAAGGAGGAAGAGGAGGCAGACUCCGGGGAGGACGGCCCAAAGCCCAUGCCGCCCUACAGUUCCAUGUUCAUCCUCUCCACCACCAACCCCCUUCGCCGGCUGUGCCAUUACAUCCUGAACCUGCGCUACUUCGAGAUGUGCAUCCUCAUGGUCAUUGCCAUGAGCAGCAUCGCGCUGGCUGCAGAGGACCCGGUGCAGCCCAACGCACCCCGCAACAAUGUGCUGCGAUAUUUUGACUAUGUUUUCACAGGCGUGUUUACCUUUGAGAUGGUGAUCAAGAUGAUCGACCUGGGCCUCGUCUUACAUCAGGGGGCCUACUUCCGUGACCUGUGGAACAUUCUGGACUUCAUAGUGGUCAGUGGGGCCCUGGUAGCCUUUGCCUUCACCGGCAACAGCAAAGGAAAGGACAUAAACACCAUUAAGUCUCUCCGAGUCCUCCGGGUGCUACGACCUCUAAAAACCAUCAAGCGGCUGCCAAAGCUAAAGGCCGUGUUUGACUGCGUGGUGAACUCACUCAAGAAUGUCUUCAACAUCCUCAUUGUGUACAUGCUGUUCAUGUUCAUCUUUGCUGUGGUGGCCGUGCAACUCUUCAAGGGCAAAUUCUUCCACUGCACGGAUGAGUCUAAGGAGUUUGAAAGAGACUGUCGAGGCAAGUACCUCCUGUACGAGAAGAAUGAGGUGAAGGCCCGGGACCGAGAGUGGAAGAAGUACGAGUUCCACUACGACAACGUGCUCUGGGCCCUGCUCACGCUCUUCACAGUGUCCACGGGAGAGGGCUGGCCGCAGGUCCUCAAGCACUCAGUGGAUGCCACUUUUGAGAACCAGGGUCCCAGCCCCGGGUACCGCAUGGAGAUGUCCAUCUUCUACGUGGUGUACUUUGUAGUGUUUCCCUUCUUCUUUGUCAAUAUCUUCGUGGCCUUGAUCAUCAUCACCUUUCAGGAGCAGGGAGACAAGAUGAUGGAGGAGUACAGCCUGGAAAAAAAUGAGAGAGCCUGCAUCGACUUUGCCAUCAGUGCCAAGCCGCUGACCAGGCACAUGCCCCAGAACAAGCAGAGCUUCCAGUAUCGAAUGUGGCAGUUCGUGGUGUCCCCGCCCUUUGAGUACACCAUCAUGGCCAUGAUCGCUCUUAACACCAUCGUGCUGAUGAUGAAGUUCUACGGAGCCUCUGUGGCCUAUGAAAACGCUCUUCGAGUGUUCAACAUCGUCUUCACCUCCCUCUUCUCUCUGGAAUGUGUGCUGAAAGUCAUGGCUUUUGGAAUUCUGAAUUAUUUCCGCGAUGCCUGGAACAUCUUCGACUUUGUGACUGUUCUGGGCAGCAUCACAGACAUCCUCGUCACGGAGUUUGGGAAUAACUUCAUCAACCUGAGCUUUCUCCGCCUCUUCCGUGCUGCCCGACUCAUCAAACUCCUCCGACAGGGUUACACCAUCCGCAUUCUCCUCUGGACCUUCGUGCAGUCCUUCAAGGCCCUACCGUAUGUCUGUCUGCUGAUCGCCAUGCUCUUCUUCAUCUACGCCAUCAUUGGGAUGCAGGUGUUUGGCAACAUCGGCAUUGACGGGGAAGAUGAGGACAGCGAUGAGGAUGAGUUCCAGAUCACCGAGCACAAUAACUUCCGGACCUUCUUCCAGGCGCUCAUGCUUCUCUUCCGGAGCGCCACAGGGGAAGCGUGGCACAACAUCAUGCUCUCCUGCCUCAGCGGGAAGCCGUGUGACAAGAACUCUGGGAUCCUCACCGCCGACUGUGGCAAUGAGUUCGCAUACUUCUACUUUGUCUCUUUCAUCUUCCUUUGCUCGUUUCUGAUGCUGAAUCUCUUUGUUGCUGUCAUCAUGGAUAACUUUGAGUACCUCACCCGAGAUUCCUCCAUCCUGGGCCCCCACCACCUGGACGAGUACGUGCGUGUCUGGGCCGAGUAUGACCCUGCUGCCUGCGGCCGCAUUCACUAUAAGGACAUGUACAGUUUAUUGCGAGUAAUAUCGCCCCCUCUCGGCUUAGGCAAGAAAUGUCCUCAUAGGGUUGCUUGCAAGAGACUUCUUCGGAUGGACCUGCCCGUAGCAGAUGACAAUACAGUCCACUUCAACUCCACCCUCAUGGCACUGAUCCGAACCGCCCUGGAUAUCAAGAUUGCCAAGGGCGGGGCUGACAAGCAGCAAAUGGAUGCAGAGCUCCGCAAGGAGAUGAUGGCCAUUUGGCCCAACCUGUCUCAGAAGACCCUGGAUCUGUUGGUCACACCUCACAAGUCCACGGACCUCACGGUGGGUAAGAUCUACGCGGCCAUGAUGAUCAUGGAGUAUUACCGGCAGAGCAAGGCCAAGAAACUGCAGGCCAUGCGAGAGGAGCAGAACCGGACACCACUCAUGUUCCAGCGCAUGGAGCCUCCAUCGCCAACACAGGAGGGAGGACCCAGCCAGAACGCCCUGCCCUCCACUCAGCUAGACCCAGGAGGAGGCCUGAUGGCUCAGGAAAGUGGCAUGAAGGAGAGCCCGUCUUGGGUGACCCAGCGGGCCCAAGAGAUGUUCCAGAAGACUGGCACCUGGAGCCCAGAGCGAGGGCCACCCAGCGACAUGCCCAGCAACCAGCCCAACUCGCAGUCUGUGGAGAUGCGGGAAAUGGGUACGGAUGGCUACUCAGACAGCGAACACUACCUCCCCAUGGAAGGCCAGGCCAGGGCCGCCUCCAUGCCCCGCCUCCCAGCAGAGAACCAGAGGAGAAGGGGCCGGCCACGUGGAAAUAACCUCAGUACCAUCUCUGAUACCAGCCCCAUGAAGCGCUCAGCCUCUGUGCUGGGACCCAAAGCCCGGCGCCUAGAUGACUACUCCCUAGAGAGAGUGCCCCCUGAGGAGAACCAGCGCUACCACCAACGCCGCCGGGACCGUGGCCACCGCACCUCCGAGCGUUCUCUGGGCCGCUACACUGAUGUGGACACAGGCCUGGGGACAGAUCUGAGCAUGACCACCCAAUCGGGUGACCUGCCUUCCAAAGAUCGGGACCAGGACCGGGGCCGGCCCAAGGACCGGAAGCAUCGGCCGCACCACCACCACCACCACCACCACCAUCAUCCCCCAGCCCCCGACCGAGAGCGCUACGCACAGGAGCGACCGGACACAGGCCGGGCGCGGGCCCGGGAGCAGCGCUGGUCCCGCUCGCCCAGCGAAGGUCGGGAGCACACGACACACAGACAGGGCAGUAGUUCCGUCAGUGGAAGCCCAGCCCCCUCUACGUCCGGCACCAGCACGCCGCGGCGCGGCCGCCGCCAGCUCCCCCAGACCCCCUGCACCCCGCGGCCGCUUGUGUCCUACUCGCCGGCUCCGCGCAGGCCUGGGGCGCGCACGAGCCCGCGCCGCGGUCGCCCAGGACUCCGCGCGCCGCGGGCUGCGCGUCACCGCGCCACGGCCGCAGGCUGCCCAAUGGCUACUACGCGGGGCACGGCGCGCCGCGGCCGCGCACAGCCCGCAGGGGCGCGCACGACGCCUACAGCGAGAGCGAGGACGACUGGUGCUAAGCCGCCCCGCCCCCCGCAGCGCCCGCCCCGCGCGGGCGCGCCGCAAACGAUAAACAAUACCGUUUUUAAAAAAGAAAACCGGGGAGAAAAACAAAAAAUAGCUUCUAUUGAUGAGUUUUAUCAUCUCAAUUGAAUCUUUCCUUUUCCCGGUGAACGAAACCGAGGUGGCUGCGAGCCGGAGGGACGGCUGCACGCCCCACACACUUCUCAGACCCACGGGAGUGCUUGCGGGCCACGCCAAACUUACUACUGCCUGCAGAGAUCAACUACAAGAAAAUAACACUAACAGUUUUUAAAAGGACAAAAAAAAGUUUUUCCCCCUGACAUUUGGUCCUGCUUGAAAUAACAAAAGAAAGAAGAGAAAAAAUGACCACCGCCACCGAUUCCCUUGCUUCUUUUUUUCCUUUAUCUUUUUAAAAACUUUUUUUUUCUUUUUUUCCUAUCUUGUUUGAAAAACGUGGGCUUGGGACUGUGAAAUAUUGCAUGACAUUAAAAAGAACAAAAAAAAAAAUAAAAACGAAAAAACUUGAAUCCAA